GGAAUGGGACCCUCCACCGUGGCGAGUGUGGGUUUAUCCGCUGGCUCGGCGCGCUCACUGCAAGCAUGGCUGGCGAUAGCGAGACACGACUGAACGGACAGGCGGAAAACGGCAACACCGUUAGGCAGCCUUUUCUCAUCGGUGUAUCGGGGGGAACCGCCAGCGGCAAGUCUUCAGUAUGUGAGAAGAUUAUGGAGCUCCUGGGCCAGAAUAAGAUUGACCAUCACCAGCGGCAGGUGGCAACCCUCAGCCAAGACAGCUUCUACAGGGAGCUCACCCCGGAACAGAAGGCUAAAGCUCUUAAAGGCCAGUUCAACUUUGAUCACCCAGAUGCUUUUGACAAUGAGCUCAUCCUGAAGACUCUUCGUGACAUCAUACAGGGGAAGACCGUUCAUAUUCCAGUUUAUGACUUCGUCACACAUUCCAGAAAAGACGAGUUUGUGACUCUGUACCCCGCAGACGUGGUUCUGUUUGAGGGCAUCCUCAUGUUCUACAUGCAGGAGAUCCGAGACCUUUUCCAGAUGAAGCUGUUUGUGGAUACAGACCCAGACACUCGUCUCUCCCGCAGAGUUCUGCGGGACAUCAGUGAAAGAGGCCGAGAGCUGGAGCAGGUUUUAUCUCAGUACAUCACUUUUGUGAAGCCAGCAUUUGAAGAAUUCUGUCUUCCAACAAAGAAGUAUGCUGAUGUCAUCAUCCCACGAGGAGCGGACAAUCUAGUGGCAAUAAACCUAAUUGUGCAGCACAUUCAGGACAUUCUCAACGGGGGAUUCAGCAAACGUCAGAACGGCUACGUGAACGGACACGGGACGCCCCGACAGAGGAGGACAUCUGAGUCCAGUCGGCCACACUGACCUCACUUGUGGCCCUCGCUCCUUCUGUGGAGGAUGGGCCCGGACUGUAAUGAAAUUCAGCAUCCCUUCGUUGAAUGGAAGAGCUGCUUGAGUUGAAAGGCCUUUAUGGUUGAUAUGACUUGCGUUUUAAGUAUGUUGUCAUUAUUACUAUGGUGAUUUUAUUGUUGGGUUUUUUUUUUUUGUGGUUUGCAUUUACCAGUUUUUAUUUUUCUGGAUGAAGACUAAAAGCGCUUUCUGUUUUUUGGAAAGUUGUAUGACAUGCUCGACUGGUGUGCUUUGGUCAACAUUAGUAAAAAAAAAUAAUAAACGAGUAGUCUGAAUGGUCUAACGUCCUGCCAGUGGUUGCUGUGGUUGGGACGGUGGUGUUACAGGUAUAAAACUUGAAGUCAAAACUCAGGAAAAAGUGCUUGGGUCUUUGUAGAGGUGUGUUGGUAUCCUCCUGCAGACGUAUAAAAAUCCUGCACUUUUACAUUUUCUCUCCAUUUUAGGUGCUAUGUAUAUGGCAGUACUUGUGCUAUCCUUGUGGUCACAUUUUAUUACUUUUAGUACUCUGUAGAUUAAUUCUUUCAUAUGUUUACACACAUUUCUUGAUUUAGACCACUUUCCAUGUGUAUCACAAUGUAUGAUGCCUCAAUCUUGCCUUCUAUGCCAAUUAAGAUGUCUUAGGUUUCAAGGCUGAAUUCCUACACCAGUAUUUUUAUACACCAUAUGUCUGAUCAUAAUUCAGCAUUAUCUUGGAUGAGAAGCUUUAUGGUGUUAUAAUAACAAAGCGGGUGCAAUCAUAAGCUUAUACAGCCUGCAACUGUAAAUGACUUGACAACACUAAGAUUACACAGUUGAGGGGGAUUGUUUCCACUCAUUUUUACACCCAAAUCAACAGUUGCUUGAAAUAAUGUAGAUAUUUUCUCAUAACCUUGGAAAAACAAGAUUAAUGUCAGGGAAUCAAUAUUAAAAUAAUAAUAUUUUAUCAUAUAUUUAGCCAUCUAGCAUUGGUUUGCUAGUCUGGCCGUCUUGCUUACAUCUGAAUACUUGAAUUUUUAUCCUUUUUUUUGUUAGAUGUCAGUUUUCUGGCCAUAAAAUGUGUGAUAUUUCUCAGUGAUUAAAAUAAUAAAAAAUACAUGGAAUGAAAAAUAAAAAUAAUCAGUUUUUCUAUCAA